AUGGUGUACAUAACCUCACCCACACCUAUGGUGUACAUAACCUCACCCACACCUAUGGUGUACAUAACCUCACCCACACCUAUGGUGUACAUACCCUUACCAAUACCUAUGGUGUACAUAACCUCACCCACACCUAUGGUGUACAUAGCCUCACCCACACCUAUGGUGUACAUAUCCUUACCCACACUUAUGGUGUACAUAACCUUACCCACACCUAUGGUGUACAUAGCCUCACCCACACCUAUGGUGUACAUAGCCUCACCCACACCUAUGGUGUACAUAUCCUUACCCACACCUAUGGUGUACAUAACCUUAACCACACCUAUGGUGUACAUAACCUUACCCACACCUAUGGUGUACAUAACCUUACCCACACCUAUGGUGUACAUAACCUCACCCACACCUAUGGUGUACGUAUCCUUACCCACACUUAUGGUGUACAUAACCUUACCCACACCUAUGGUGUACAUAACCUUAACCACACCUAUGGUGUACAUAACAUUACCAACACCUAUGGUGUACAUAUCCUCACCCACACCUAUUUUGUACAUAACAUCACUCACGCCUAUGGUGUACAUAACCUAA